AUGCAGCAAUUUGCGCUAAGUUAUCACUCGAUUUACACGAGGAAUUGGCGUGUGGUUGGUGCGAUUUGGGUGUUGUGUGGGCUGUGUACCAGUGAGUUUUUGUUUUUUUUGUAGCUGAAAAUCUGAAAAUGUCACGUGGCAAAGGCUUUUUUGUUGAAAAAAAUGCCACGUGGAUUUUUCACGUUAUAUAGAACUCAAGAAACCGUGAAAUUAGCAGCAAAAUUUUUGAAAUUGCUCAUGUUAAAAUUUUUAAGGAAAAAUUUGAAUUUUCACGCGGCAAAAAUUAUCUGAAAACAGAAAAAAAUGGUGUUGCUCAUGUUAAACUUUUAAAGGUUACGGUAGUCUUCUGAAAUCGAAAACAUUUUUGGACGAGCUUACAAUUAGAAUCCACGUGGCAUGUAAAUAUUCUCAGAAGUUUUAAUUUUCCAAAAAAAUGCAUUUUUUCCACGUGGAUUUUUCACUUAAAUUUCGAGUUUCAAACAAUGCUCCAUGUUUACGCGCUCGAAAUUCAUAAAAUUUAAAAUUUUCAAACUACACUCCGCGUUCACACCAUCAAAAAAUUUCACCCCCACUGAGAAUCGAUCCCCCGACCUCCCUACCCCCAGGCAGACUCUCUACCCACUGCUCCAUUUUUUUAUAGCUCUUCUCCAAACUUUGGUCCUAAUUCAUCCAACUUGGAUCGGAAAUGAUGAAGGCGGAUAUUUUGGCCUAUAUGAUUACUGUGGCACGAAUGACUGUGUUUGGAGCCCGUUCAAAAUUCGACCUUUGAGCAUUUGGUUUGAAAUUUCCGCAUUUUUAGUGCUAGCAGCUACAGUUUUGAGCUUUUUGGCUAUUUUUUCGAUUUUGGUGAGUAGCUUCCGCGUAGGCGGAAUCUUUCCGCGUCUGCUUCUAACAAUAAAAAACCAAUUUCAGUUAUUGGUUUUGCUGCGAGAUCGACACGCGUUCAUACUUUGCAGUUGGCUGCAUUUUUUUGCAUGUGAGUUUUUUUUGUUGCUAAAAAUUUUAAAAUUCAAAUUUUUUGUCAGUCAUCUUCAUGUUAGCCGGCUGUAUAAUCUAUCCGAAUGGCUGGGAAAAUCCGCGGGUUCGUGAGAUUUGCGAAUCGAAAAAGUGAGUGUUUCCGCAAGCCUUCCGCGCACGCGGAACUCUUAAUUUGCAGAUAUCAAAUCGGACUUUGCCAAUUUCGCUGGCCGUAUCUUUUAGCCCAAGUUUUGGUCAUCGAUCAACUUUGCUUAUGUUGUUUAGGCUUCGCGUUGGCCCUUAAAAAACCACCAAAAAUUCCAGAACUUCAUCAAUUAACAGGUAAAAUUCGAAGCAUUUUUGAGCCGUAUAUUUAGGCCACGCCUCUUUUUUCGCAGGUCCCACAGUGCUGAGCAAUACAAUUCAACCGGUGCCGAGGCCCAGGAAAAUGUCACUUCAAGAAUCUUUCUAUUCACAUUCUGGAUCUCGAUUGGAGUUAUGA